AUGGAGCGACCCUCAGCUCCGCCUGCUUCCGGGGCACAAACGAGCCAGCUCCCCCGGGGCCCUAUCACUCCAGAGCAACAGCGUCGAAUAGAGAUCAACCGCAUGAAAGCAAAAGCCAUACGCGAGCAACGAGAAGCCGAAGCAGCAUCUCACCAGACUUCCAAAGUGUCUGGAGUAAAGCGAUCGUACAAUACCAUGACAGCAACCCAAGGACCCUCCACGCUCCGCGACGCGGCGAAUAACCGGCCACUAGAGAGCAUAAAGCCUGCGCGCGCAUUUUCCAAAUAUGUCGAGUACGAGUUCAGUAAGAUGACGGAUACCAAGGGUGGGUUUUUGACGCAAGAGGACGACCCGCAUAAUAAAGCAUUGCAUGUGAGCGACGGAAAGGAACAGAAGCCAGCGCAUAUGACGCAGAAAGAGUGGGAGCGCAAACAGCUUUUAGAAAACCUGAGAAGAAACAAGGCGGGCCCCUUUGAGCCGGGACUGAGUGUGCUCGACGAACAGGCUAGUCAGAAGGCGUGCAGGGAGUGUGGUAGUCUAGAGAUUGACUGGAAAUGGGAAGAGGCAUUCAAGUGUUGCGUGUGCAGUGGUUGCAAGGACAAGUACCCGGAGAAGUAUAGUAUGUUGACGAAGACUGAAGCGAAGGAGGACUACCUUUUGACGGAUCCCGAACUUCGAGACGAAGAGCUCCUGCCACACCUAAAAAAGCCCAACCCUCACAAAUCAUCGUGGAAUGAUAUGAUGCUCUACUUGCGCUACCAAGUAGAAGAGUACGCCUUCUCAUCGCAGAAAUGGGGCUCCCCCGAGGCCCUCGAUGCAGAGUUUGAGCGCAGAGAAGCCGAGAAGAAGCGCCGAAGAGAAGACAAAUUCAAACAGAAACUAACCGACCUCAAGAAACGCACUCGAGUCGAAGCUUAUCGUCGCAAUCGCCAGGGCCCAGCUGGCGGGAAUUUCGGGGACGAUCUCGGCGGUAAGAAGAAGCAUGUGCAUCAAUGGGGUCGGUUGGUAGAAAAUCCCGAAACAGGAAUGAGUGUGAAGACUUGUGUGGACUGUGGAAUGGAGGUUGAGGAGUUGGAGCUGUGA